UAUCAGUGUUCUAGUUACGUCCCCUGACCUCCUGUAAUCUUUUUAUUUACUAUCUGCGAAGUCGUAAGCUUCAGUCAGCAGCUCCUGUCCCAUAAUAAACAAGCGUUCAUCGAACUUCCAAUCAUGGCCAACCGAGACAAAGUUAGCGACCAACUUAAGCAUUACAAGGAAGAUCAUCCGAGACCUGACACAAUGACAACUGGCACCGGUGCUCCUGUUGGAAACAAAACAGCUUCUUUGACUGUCGGUCCAAGAGGUCCAAUUUUGUUACAAGACUUUGUGUUCACUGAUGAAAUGGCACAUUUCAACAGAGAAAGAAUUCCUGAAAGAGUUGUUCAUGCAAAAGGAGCUGGAGCUUUUGGUUACUUUGAAACUACUCAUGAUAUUAGGAAAUAUUGCAAAGCAGCUCCUUUUCAGACAAUUGGUAAAAGAACAAAAGUUGGAAUACGGUUUUCAACAGUAGGUGGUGAAAGUGGAUCAGCUGACACAGCCCGGGAUCCCCGAGGAUUUGCAGUUAAAUUUUACACUGAAGAUGGAAAUUGGGAUCUUGUUGGCAACAAUACUCCUAUUUUCUUCAUCAGAGAUCCAAUUUUGUUCCCCAGUUUUAUACACACACAGAAAAGAAACCCAAAAACACAUUGUAAGGAUCCAGAUAUGUUUUGGGACUUCAUUACUCUGCGGCCUGAAACUACUCAUCAAGUAUGUUUUCUGUUCUCUGAUCGUGGCACACCAGAUGGCUAUCGCAGAAUGAAUGGUUAUGGAAGUCAUACAUUUAAGAUGGUCAACCAAAACAGUGAAGCUGUCUAUUGUAAAUUUCAUUUUAAAACAAAUCAAGGUAUAAAGAAUUUAAUGGCUGAUAAAGCAGCCGGGCUGUCUGCAAGUGACCCAGAUUAUGCCAUCAGAGACUUACACAAUGCAAUUGAGAAUAGUAAUUUCCCUUCAUGGACUCUGUACAUUCAAGUGAUGACAUUUAAAGAAGCUGAAAACUUCCGAUGGAACCCAUUUGAUUUAACUAAAAUCUGGCCCCAUAGUGAGUUUCCACUAAUACCUGUUGGACGCAUGGUUCUUGACACCAAUCCCAAAAAUUAUUUUGCUGAAGUUGAACAGAUUGCUUUCUCACCUGCACAUAUGAUUCCAGGAAUUGAACCAAGCCCAGAUAAAAUGUUACAAGGUCGCCUGUAUUCCUACUCUGAUACCCAUCGGCAUCGCUUAGGUUCUAACUAUCUCCAGCUACCAGUCAAUUGUCCUUUUAGAAGCCGUUUAGCCAACUAUCAAAGGGACGGACCUCAGUGUGUAACUGACAACCAAGGAGGAACUCCCAAUUAUUACCCUAACAGUUUUUCUGGCCCUGUUGAUGAUAUUCAAUACGUGGAGAAGCCAUUUUUAGCUUCUGGAGAUGUUCAGCGUUACAAUACUCAAGACACUGACAACUAUUCUCAAGUUGGAACAUUUUGGCUGAAGGUAUUGUCAUCAGCUGAACGUGAAAGACUUGUGGAGAACAUUGCUAAUCAUUUGAUUGAUGCCCAAGAGUUUAUUCAAAAGCGUGCUGUGUACAAUUUUGGACAAGUGAAUUCAGAAUUUGGCCAUAAGCUACAAGCCAAACUGGACAGUUUGAAGUCUUCGAAAUAUAUGAGUUCCCAAUUAAUUGUGUCAAACUUAUAGACCAAAGAGAAAGAGAAAAAUGAAAAAGCAAAAUGACAAAACCUAUUCAGUAAUUCAUGAUUCCUGGCUGAUCAAAAGAUGCUGAAACUAUUGAAUUUUAAUUUCAGAUAUCUUAUUCUUAAUUGAAACUAGAUCCUAUUGAAGCACUUAAAAUAGGUUUCAUUAGCAAUAUAAUACAAAAUAAUUAAGAAAACCCAAUGAUAUAUUGAUUGUUUAACAGUUUUGUUUUUAUUUCACUAAUUAUAUAUUCAUGCUUUAAAACUGUGAUCUUAAACUGCAAAACAUGCAAUAGGCUAAUAUAAUAAAAUCAUAUUCUAUUAGCUGUAAUUAAUUUCCUACAAGAUUUAAAUUAUUAUUGCAAGGAACAUGCUGAAAUACUACUGUGAUUAUUUUUCUAGUAUUUUAUUCAAUAAAUUUAUUUUAUUCCAACUUAUUUUAAAUUUUGGCCAGAUGAUUUAUAUCUUUUUAUAAUGAUUGACUAAUGUCUGUCAAUCAAUGCACACAGGCAGCUAACAGUUAUUUUCUUAAUUCACAUUUUUAUGUAUUAGUAACUUGAAAUCAAGAUUAGUAGUUAAAAGAAUAAUAUGGUUGCUAUUUUUGUAAGAAAAAUUCAAAUUUAUCAAUAUAAGAAACACAUACAAAUCAAUUUUAACCAAUACUUUAAUAAAUUCUUAAUCCAAAAUAUUUCAACAUGAAAAACAGUGUAAAAGACAACAAUAGAAAAUCAGUUUAAAUUACAACUGUUCACACAACCUAUAUAGACAAAUAAGCAAAAACUUAAAAUUAAAUUUUAUUUGUGAUAUAUAUAUAUACAUAUAUAAGUCCACUAGGUAAGAUAAUUUCAUUUAAAGCACUAAGUAUGUAACUUUAUAUUCUUUGGCUUUUGUAUAAUAUUCUAGUUUUACUGAUUCUAAUACAAUUAGAAUUACUAAAUGAGACAUAAGUCGUUAAAAAUAUACAAAAAAUGAUUUAAUGUUGAGGUAUUCAUGCAAGGCCUAAAGAGAAGGGUAUAAUGAGUACAUCAGUCUGGAGCCUAGACAGCUACAUAGGGGAACCUGUAACUGUCUGCCAGGCCCUUUCCUAAAACCUCACAACCCCUUAAAUUUUGAGAGCAUUUUUGCUCUAGUUUCAAAAUUUUCUCUGUGGGGCACUGCAUUCAUGCAAUUUUUAAGGCAUUAGUGAAGUAGAUUAAGCUUCUCUAACCAUGAAGGAAAUGAAGCCACAAGCUUUUGGAGAUGGGGAAAACAAUGUUCUAUGUAAAUUUAAAUAAAGAUUAAUUUUUGCAAAAUA